AUGGUCACUCGGCGUGAGGAGGUGGAGGAGGUGGUGGAGGAGGAGGCACCGUUGUUUGGCACGAGGUCCUCCUGCUGCUACGGGGACCCCGGUGUGAGCCCCGUGGCCGCUCGGCCGAGGCGGGGGGUCGCGGCCUUCGGCCCCCACGUCGCCGCGUGCCUCUGGGCGGUGCUGCUGUGCGCGCGACUGCAGCUCGCUGAGCCCGCGGGGAACUUCGAGGUGCGGCUGCUGUCGCUGCGGAACCCGCGCGGGCAACUCGCCACGGGCCGCUGCUGCGACGGGGCUCGCGGGGACACGCCGGAAGGGGCGCGCUGCCAGGACGCGUGCGACACGUACCUGCGUGCGUGUCUGCGCGAGUACCUGGAGUGGCGUGACGUCGCCGUGGCCCCGGGGCCCUGCGCGUACGGAACGGCGGCGUCGCGCGUCCUCGCCGGGGACUCGGCCGAGCUGAGCCGGCGCUCCAAGGCCGGCAAGAUGGCGAUCCCCUUCGACUUCGCCUGGCCGACGUCCUUCACCCUCAUCCUCGAGGCGUGGGACUACGACAACGACACGGCACAGGACGCGGGCUCGGAGCUGAUCGAGCGCGUGGUCUACGGAGGGGCGCUAGCUCCGCUCGCCGCCGACUCUGCGGGCUCCGCCACGUGGCGCACCGUGCGCCACGUGGGCACCGCCGCCUCCAUCGUCUUCCAGCUGCGCGUGCGCUGCCAGCCGCGCUACCACGGCGCCGCCUGCACGCGCUUCUGCAGGCCCCGGGACGACCACUUUGGGCACUUUGCGUGCGACGCUGCGGGCAACAAGGCCUGCCUGCACGGCUGGAUGGGGCCCGAGUGUGACCAGGCAAUCUGCAAGCCGGGCUGCGACCCCGAGCACGGAUUCUGCCAACAGCCCGCGGAGUGCCGGUGCCACUACGGCUGGCGGGGCGCGCUGUGCGACUCGUGCGUCGCCUACCCAGGCUGCCGCCACGGCUCGUGCCGCGGCCGCCCCUGGACGUGCGACUGCGACACCAACUGGGGAGGCCUCCUCUGUGACAAGGACCUGAACGUGUGCGCGAACCGUCCGUGUCUCAACGGCGGCUCGUGCCUCAACGCGGAGCCCAACAAGCACCGCUGCACGUGCCCACCUGGCUUCACCGGGCCCAACUGCGAGAGCGGGGACGGCCGCUGCCAGCCCAACCCAUGCGGCAACGGCGGCGAGUGCCGCGCGCUGCCCAGCGGGGGCUUCGAGUGCGUGUGCCGCCCCGAGUGGACGGGCAGCACCUGCAUGAUCGACGCCGACGAGUGUGCCGCGGGUCCCUGCGUCCACGCCAAGCGGUGCCGCAACCUCCUCGGCGGCUUCUACUGCAGCUGCCUGCCGGGGUGGACGGGGCGGCACUGUGACACCGCGCUGGACGUGUGUGGAGUGACGGCACCGACGGUGGCGGUGACGGUGGCGGUGACGGUGGUGGUGACGGUGACGGUCGUUCCGCCGAAACGCACCGAGGGCCCCGGCGGUGGGGGCCGCGCGGCGGCGCGCGUCUGCGGGGAGCACGGCGCGUGCGUGGGCGGCCCCGACGGCGCCUACACCUGCCGGUGCCAGGCUGGGUACACGGGCGAGCACUGCCAGCACAACAUGGAUGAGUGUGCGGGCGUGAGCUGCGGGGCCGGAGGCACUUGCGUGGACGGAGUCGCCUCCUUCCAGUGCAUCUGCCCCAGCGGCUGGGAGGGCGAGCUCUGUCAGCACGACGUGGACGAGUGCGGCUCGAGGCCCUGCCUCAACGGCGGCCGCUGCCGGGACCUCGCCAACGACUUCGCGUGCGAGUGCCAGGGCGGGUGGAAGGGGCGCACCUGCCACUCACGAGGUGGUCAGUGCGACGAGCUGUCGUGUCACAACGGGGGCACGUGUCACGACCUGGGCGACACCUACAGCUGUUCGUGCGCGGCCGGCUGGACCGGACACGGCUGCACGCUGGCGGAGGCGUCGGCAUGCGCGGCGCGGCCGUGUGGCGACGGCGGCGUGUGUGUGGGGGGCGGCCCUGACGCCUUCACCUGCGUGUGCCGCGACGGCUGGGACGGACCGACCUGCGCACAGAAUGUCAACGACUGCAACCCCCACCCGUGCUACAACGGCGGCUCCUGCGUGGACGGAGAGAACUGGUUCCGCUGCGAAUGCCCCCACGGCUUCACGGGGCCCGACUGCCGCCUGGGCCUGGUGAGCAGCGCCAGUGACCCCACGGGGAGCACCUCGACGCCCGGCGCCGUCACGGAGCGAGCCGGCGGGGCAGUCGCGACAAUUGUCAAGUUUCCAGAAUCUCCCCGCCUCCGUCGAGCGAGCGCCGCAGCGACGGACGCCGGCGAGGAUGUCGCGGCGCCGGUGGCGCUGCCGCUGCUGGCGGCGACGCUGCUCGCCGCGCUCGCGCUCUGGCUCUGCCGCCGCCGCCGGCGCCUGAGUCGGGGCGCGGGGGGGUGCCGGGCGGCAUGGGGCGGCGGCGCGGGCCUCCUGGGGAGGCUGCGGGGAGACGGGGACGCGGGCCGGCGCGGCCCGAAGGGCCUCAACAACGCGGCGCGGCGGCCGGGUUCGGCGGGGAAGCUGGGCGAGGAGGAGGCGGUCGCCGUGGCGACGGCGCUCGACAGGAUCCUCAAGUCGUUCAGGUCGUUCAAGUCGAACCUGCGCGCGGAGAGGAGCGCCGGGGGAUACGUCGUGGACUACUUUUCCGACCCCCGCGGCGGCGGCGGCGGUAUACGCCUGCAGGCCGCGGAGCUGGAGCCGCUUCGCUCGGCGGAGGGAUCUUCCGGGCCGGGUUGCCAGAACUACAUUCCGGAGUGA